AUGCGGACGGUGUCGUACAUGAUCAUAGUGCAGUGCUUGUUCAUGUGGGACGUGGCGCUUGCUCAGCGCUCAAUUAGAGAUAUUUUCAAGGAAUUGAAGGAUCUUCUUGGAGGAGACGUGUACAAGACAAACAAGGGACAGGUCAACAAUACAGUCCAAGUUAUAGAGGUGACCACUCUGAUAGGAUCAGUAAAAAAUACAGCGGAGGUCACACUAGCCAAAUUCCAGUGGUCCACAGCAGGAACAGGUUCAGACAAACACGUCAUCGUGGACAGUCUGGUGUCAGAUGUCUAUGUGGAGGCUCAAGGAGAAACACAGACCCCAUCUCUGGCCUUUUAUCAUCCAAAUGGAAGCCUGUACUCCAGAUUUGAAGAGACGCGGGCAGGGACAUUAGUUCGUCGCUAUCAUAUAGCAAAUUUCACCCCAGGCAUGUGGACAAUACAGCGACAGAUCAAAGACACGUACGACCUUGAGGUGACAGGGAGAAGCACGCUGGACUUUACCUAUCAAUUCAUGGACCCUGACACCGGGGACAUGUUCCCCUUAACAGGACUACCAAUACCUGGCACGACAGUGAAACUUGAUACGCGACUCACAGCAAUAGACGACAUAGCCAACGUGACCAGGGUAAGCCUCGUUGACGGCACUGCGCGGGAACUAUAUGGUACGACUCCUGUCCAGGGAGCCGGGAAAAAUAGAAAUACCUUUCGGUCCUCAGUGACGAUUCCAGAACAGCCUUUCCGAAUCUCUCUACAAGGAACAGACAGGGUCGGUUAUAUGUUUGUAAGGCAACAGUCGGCCGCCAUUUCGCUGCAAAAUACUAUGACAACGACUUGCGUACACGUAUCACCAAGUACGUUGACUACAGCACACCCUACCGUCGAAGAACACAAGACAAACCAACAGGGAGGGUCCACUUAUAAGCCGACCACAGUCACCAGUCUCUCAGGCGGCCCGUCCAUUACACACACGUUAUUUCCAAAUGUAUUACUGGCAGUCAUACUGCGGUGGUGCGUAAGUUAAAAGAAUAUGACGUGACUACAUGUACCAAUCCAAAUAUGCAACUGCAACACAAGUGCACAGAUGGUUCCAAACACACAUGGAUACCAUGGAUGGAUGAAAAAUUAUUGUACGUGUGCUUGUAUUCUCACUGGGGUCAGAACAAUUUACCUUCGAUACCGGAUUUUAAGGUGCUAGCAUAUAAGCUUAUAUGGCAUAAUGUAUUGAACUACAGGAUAGUGGUCAACAAUUUUCUUCACUGGUGUGAGGCAAGUAGAGGAUAUCUAGAACGCUCGUAUUAACAAUAAUAUGUGUUUAUGGACUCAUUAUUUAUACAUUCAAGUGAACUAGAUAGUUUUAUGAUGUAUGGUAUUUACUUAUUAAUUUUAUUGUGGUAAAACGACAUGUACAGUGUAUCUAUAAAUUUGAAAUUUGAAAACAGCCUUUGAAAAAGGUAUCGCAGUUUUUAUUACCACCUAAAAUUGUCUCAUGUAGUCGACUAUACAAGUAAAAAACGUUGCUAAUCCAUUUAUAAUAUGACUUAAUUUUUCAUCAUGUUUUGUAGUUACUAAUAUUAGCAUACAACAUCAGAAUUUAUUUUGAAAUCUGUAAGGCAUUCUUUUCGUUUUCUUUUGCAAUACACGAAGUAUUAGGGCUCAUUCCCAUUGGAACUAUCGGUCUAUUUAGAUCGAUCUAACUCCGUCAGGACUCUCGCUGAAUGCAAUCAGAUUAAAAUAUUAUCACGUCUCCUCCUGGCGUUAAGAAUACAGAAAAGCUGUAGAAUACACGAGUUCGUUGGAGACAAGAGGAGGCGCGUUUAAAAUCUGUCAAGCUGACUGCACCAAGAGUCACCGUGAAGCUGGAUCGAUCUACGUACACCAGUAGUUUCAGUGGGAAUAUUCACCUGAAUUUACUGAAUUUAACACUAUGGAAAGAAUGUUUACAGCCGUUUCUUUUAAAUUAAUGAGUCUGCCGUGUCAAAGUCCAGGGCUGUAGGAUAAGGAAAAUACUCGGGAGGGUGGGGUGGGGUGGGGUAUCAGCUGUUGCAGGCCUACAAUAUCAAUAUACGUGUAAGCAAUUAAUUUCGCCAGUCUGCGGUACUCGUGUAGACGCUUACUGAAAAAGGACUGGUUCAGAUAAAGCGAAAUGUUAGCAUUUUAUAAAUGCCCACUUCAAUUAUUAAAAAAAAAA